AUGGAUGGAGUGCCUAUAGGCAAAGUGACGAUCUGCCUCUUCUACCAGUACAAGGAGCCCCCGUGGACCUCCGGCGAGUUCAAGGCGAUGCUGCAGUACGGGCGGGAGAGCGGCGCUCGGCACCGCCUCGGGGGGAGGAUGCGCGUGGCCCCAGAGGGUUUCAACUGCACCCUCACCGGUCCGCCAGGCUGUCCCGGCAUCCGCGGCUGGUGCAAAGAGAUACGCGAGCGCUUCCCAGAUCCAUUCGCCAACACCGAAUUCAAGCUCACCGACGGCCUCCCGCGGAACACGGCUUGGCCCGAGCUGGAGGUGACCCCGGCGCAGGAGCUCGUUGGCUACGGCCUCGCGGGGGAGCUGGCUCCCCCAGUGUCUAAAGGGGGGGCCCACCUGGAGCCGAGGGACUACCAUGCCAAGAUGGCGGAGCCCGACACGGUCAUCCUGGAUAUACGCAACGGGUACGAGGUCGACAUCGGCCGCAUGGCGCCUCCCACGGGUGGCACACUGAUCAACCCAGAGAUGAGGCGCUCGACGGAUUUCCCCGCAUGGGUUCAGCGCUCGGACGUCCAGGAGAAGCUCAAGAACAAGCAGGUGCUGAUGUACUGCACGGGUGGUAUCCGGUGCGAGCGAGCCUCGAGUCUGUUGAACCACCACAUGGGUGGAGACAUCAAGGGCGUCUUUCAGCUGCAGGGCGGUAUCGACAAGUACCUGAAGGAGUUCGGCAGCGACGGAGGCUACUGGGUCGGGAAGAACUACACCUUCGACAAGCGGCUGUACCACGGCGCCGCGGAGGAGCCCCCCACCGAGGUCCUCGGGCGCUGCAUCUUGUGCAAGGCCCCUUGGGAGGAGUACCUGGCGGGCCUCCGCUGCGCCUCCUGCGGGGUUCCCGUCCUCGCCUGCGACGCCUGCGCCGAGCGCAGGAAGCAGCAGGCGGGUGAGGCGGGGCUGCCGGAGGGCGCCGUGAGGUGCUCGCUGUGCAUCAAGGACGGCGUCCUCAGCAAGGCGGAGUUCCGUGAGCGCGAGAGGCGCCAGAAUGCGGAUGCCAGCCGGGAGGUGUACCGCCUGAUCCAUGGCACGGACCCUGGUAAAGCUCCGAGCGACGGUGGAGCUGGGGGCUCUGUGGCAUCUGGGAGCCGGGGGGACGUGACGCGGUUGUUUAUCGGGAACCUCUCUGCCAAGCGGGUGGACGAGGCGACCUUGCUGAAACACUUCCCGGGCAUCACGCACAUCCAGUGGUUGAAAGAUAAGUCCACGGGCUUGUUUUAUGGCUCGGUCUUCGUGGAGAUGGCCACCGCAGAGGACGCGGCAAAGGCGGUGGCCAUGGAUGGGAAGGACGUCUCCCUGCGGCCCGUCCGCGUCAAAUACGCUCCUCUGCAGGGGCCAAGUCGCUGGCCGCCGUACGGGUCUGAGGUCGGCAAGGCCUCCACGACUAGGCCCGCGACCAAGCACGACAUGAAGAAGGCGACCGCCAAGGGGCAGGUGGUGCCCAUGGGCCCCAAGCCCUUCCCGAAGUGCCGCAAGUUCUUCGUGCGAGGCCUGCCCCCGGACGCCGGGGAGCAGGACAUCCGGGCCUUCUUCGCCCGCGCGGGCGAGGUCGAGGUCGCCGGCGUGCGCUGGAUGACCGACAAGGAGACCGGCGGCUUUCGCGGCAGCGCGCUGGUGGAGCUCGCCAACACGCGGCAGGCCGACAUGGCGGCGUCGCUUCACGGGCAGAAGCUGCUGGGCUUCGCGGCGCGGCUGGAGUGGACUCAGUGCCUCAAUGAUUUGCUCAAGCUUCUGCAGCCGCAUGCGCACCGUACAUUGCGCAUCCAGAUGACAGUUGGGUGUCCGACUCUUCCCGCAGAGUUUCAGCUGGCCGCGGGUAUCUUGAGUCUCUACCCGUCCAUGGUGGUCUCGGUUCCUCGAAGCGGACCCACAGGGGCAGAGUUCGCAAGCGCUUGUCUGAAUCUGACUCGUUCGAGCUGCUGGAGGCUUCCCUGGUCGUGGGCCACGGAGGAGGCCACCGGCGCACGCCCAGCGCUGCGCUCGGAGGGGACCCGCUCACGAUCUGAGGAGGGGCUGCUGGUGAGGCCCAGCUUUUGGAGAACGCUCCUCCAUUUCCUUCCCCCCCCUUCUCGGGAGCGAACG